GUAAACAAACACCAAGUGGCGGGCAGCCGCUCCUCUCCGGUGGGAUAAGCAAUAAUCCCCUUAAGUGCUUAUAGUCGUUUACUGGAAGUGACCUAAACUACACCUAAAAUAAAUCCACGUAAAUAAACUUCCUGGGGGGGAAAUCCCCCACAAAACUAAAAAAAACACCUUCGCGCUCGGGCCUUCUCAGUCCAGGGAAGGAUGGGGGCGAGGAGCCCGAUGCAAAACUAUUUCUACUCGGGCAGGUGGCAGCUGCCUCCCAACUUCGCCUUAAAGCUACAGACAGAAAGGAAACGGACGAGAAACAGCCCAGCCCUUUCGUUCCGUGGCCGAACCAAGACAAGAAUAACAAGGAAUGUAUUACACAACUUGAGGCUGCCCACGUGCGCCCGGGCAGAAAGUGGCAGCCAGCGGUUUAUUAUUUACCAAGUUGAAGUAAACCUGGGUCCAGGCGGGGGCGUGGAAGCGAGGAAGAGUCCGGGCGCCCCAGGCUUCCUGGGACUGGGGGGAAGGGCAUCCAGGGAGUUAUGCGCAAUGUGGGAGAGGCUAAGGCUGGGGAGACCGAGAGAGGCGCUGUCUCUUUAAAUGCUAGAGGCUGCGCUCUCACCGGGGGGAGGCCGAAGCCGGAUCUACAAUCUCUUCUCUCCCUAGCUUCGGUGCUUGUUGCUCGCUCAGCCCGCUUGGAGCUAGUACUGCUGCUGCUGCUGCCUUUCUUCUGCACCUUGAGCCGGUCUCUUUCCAUCCCCUCAUCCACCACGGCUGGGGGUGGAGGGCGUUUAGAAGGAAGAGGAGAGAAGAAGGAAAGGGAGGUGAUAGGUGAAAAUAUCACCGCUACCCAAGUCCGUAGGUGAUCUACGCUAGCCGCGGGGUGAAGACAUGCUUUGCUCUCCCUUGCCCAUCCCCGCGAUCGGCGCCGGGAGAGAGACUGCAGUUCUGACUCCGAGAAACUUGCUUUAGAAGUCUCGGAUUGUGGCGGGGGCUGCUUCCCUUCGGCCCCUUACUUUCCCCCACCCCCCUCCGCCUAACCGGCGUGAUGGGCAACCAGGUGGAGAAACUGACCCAUCUAAGUUACAAGGAAGUUCCCACAGCCGAUCCCACGGGUUUGGACCGGGAUGAUGGUCCCCGAAUUGGAGUUUCUUACAUAUUUUCCAAUGACGACGAAGAGAUGGAGCAGCAGCAGGGGCCCGGGCAAGACGCAGGGGAUUUACAGGAUCUUCCCGAGGAACAGCUGCAGGCACCGCUGCCAGCUCCACAACAGCCUUAUGAUCCCCGCCUUUACGAGGUGGAGUGUUCCGUGUACUACCGGGACGAAUGCAUUUAUCAAAAGAGCUUCUCCUCGGGGUCAGCUGCGCUAAGCACUUACACCCCGGAGAAUCUGCUGAACAAGUGCAAGCCAGGGGACUUGGUGGAGUUUGUUUCCCAGGCCCAGUACCCACACUGGGCAGUGUACGUAGGUGACUUCCAGGUGGUGCAUUUGCACCGAUUGGAGGUGAGCAACAGCUUCCUGACGGACGCCAGCCAGGGCCGUAGGGGCAGAGUGGUGAACGAGCUGUACCGCUACAAGCCCCUCAGCCCCAGCACGGUGGUGCGCAACGCGCUGGCGCAGGUUGGCGCCAAGGAGCGGGAGCUGAGCUGGCGCAACUCGGAGAGCUUCGCCGCCUGGUGCCGCUAUGGCAAGCGGGAGUUUAAGAUUGGCGGGGAGCUGCGGAUCGGCAAGCAGCCCUACCGCCUCCAGAUCCAGCUUUCUGCCCAGCGCAGCCACACGCUGGAGUUUCAGAGCUUAGAGGACUUAAUCAUGGAGAAACGACGAAAUGAUCAGAUUGGGCGCGCUGCUGUGCUACAAGAACUAGCCACCCACCUGCACCCUGUGGACCCCGAGGAAGGGGAUGGGGAGCCCGCCCGGACUACCAGCGAGCAUGUUGAACUCCCCCGUUUGCCACCGACUCCUCCCUCACAGCACCACUCGCAGGCGGCACACUGAUGUGGAUUGCAGCUGGGAAAUCGAGCUGUUCAUCGCUGCCUGCCUCCCUUUCCUUUCUCUCCUGGCCCCCUUCGGGGUUUCUAGUCCUUUUGGAAAGGGGACCUUGGUCAUAGGAGGUUAGGGCACAGUAAGUGCUUGUUAAAACCCAGAAACUUAGAAAGUAGUAGGAGUCUAAGGUCUAGUCAAGAGAGUCCUUUGUGCAUUUUGGAGGGAGGGCUGGAAGGAAGGUGAGAUUUCCCUUCCUCACUUGCCCUCUCCCCUUCCUUCCUAUCUACUUCAGGAAUUAGUUUGUUAAAGGUUGAGGAGGUAGAUUAUAUGGUGGUGUUCUGGAGUAGACCCAUUCUUCUAGCACUCGGAGUAGAAGGAAAGUUAAGGCUCCUGAUUAGAGGCAUUCUGAGGCAUUCUUCUCCCCUUCACCUUUCUGGCUCUGAGCACGAUCCUGCCGUUUCCUAGGACAAAGGCUAAGUGGGAAUUUGCUGGGGAUCUGGGGGAGACAGGCACGGAGAGCUGCAGAUUUCUUUCCCCACCCCCACUCCCCCCCCAUAGCGCUGUAUGUGGAUUGGGGGAAGGCGCAGUGAUUCAUUUCUUGGGAUUCCUGGGGAGUCAGGCAGGGUGGGUAAGCUGUGGGUAAAUCUGUUUGCUGCAGACCCACACCUAUUUGUGCUAUAAUAAGUGUAACAAAUGAUCUUGUAAACUGCAGGAAAAGAGACAAAGACUAUCCCCGCCUCUCUUCAAUCCUUUCCCCCUCCCCCUUUCAAUGAGCUGUUACCACAAGUAGUUGGAUGCUGGGAGCGGGGCUCUUAGAUGUCCCUCUUCCUGUUCUCUCUCCGGGCUCCUCCUUCCUCCCAGGUUACAAGUAAAUCAUUGUCAGGGGCAGGCUUGGGGAAGGAUUCAAUUAAGGUUGGGCUUUGUUUCUCUGGGUGUUGCUGCACGCACUAGAGCUGAGCUAUUUGUUACUAAAAGAAGCCAGGAGGCAGAGGGAAUGGUCCUUUGUGCUACUGAUCUAAUUAAACUUGCUCAGCUCUGUUCCUUUGCUGAACAGAGGGGAUGGGAGAGAGAGACCUGGGUGCUACCCACCUCACUAUCGAUUACCAAAGCAGCAUUGCUAACUAAUCAGUCAGGAUUGCUUCUCUUCCCUCUCUUCUUCAUAUCUAGUGAGGUUAGUUUGCACCACCACCUCGUUAUUUUUUCAUGAUUAUUUUUUUAUUAAUUGUUGUAUCUGUGAAUGACUCCUUUCUGGCUACUUCCCAUGCACUAAGCUAGUGAAAAUCUACUUGACUUUAGCUUUAUUUCCAUAGUAAAAUGCUUUUGUUUUGAAAUCAACACUUAAUAUAAUUAAAUUAGUGUUGAAUUUCCUUCUCCCUGGCAUGCAGUGGUCGCCUCACUGCUGAAGAAAACAAGUUCUUCCAUAAUCAAUUUCCCUGUUUCUGCUUCUUUUUCUCCAGAGAAGCUACCAUGUGAGUAGUUAAGCAGAAAUAGAGAAAUACUGUUACAGAUCUCUUAAGGAGCAAAUGGAGUUGUUUAUGGGUUUAGCCCAGCAUCUGUGGCAAGCAGACAAUAGAUGGAACAACUAUUUCUUAUAUUUGCUAAUGAACUACUGCUCAGUUCACUAUGAAGCUUUUUUCCCCCAUUUCACAAACUGCCAAUUGAAAAGCUUGUACUGUCCCAAAAUGAUUUGUACACUUAAUUUUAGGAUGCAGCUAGCCUAUCUCAGAAGUAUUGGCAUUGCUAAUGCUGCUCUGGAGAAUAUUGCCACAAAGGAUUGGGUUCAGUUUGUUGUCUUUACUGAGAAGGGACUGUAGUGAAUCUAUAGUGCUCAAGCACUCAUAGCGAUCAUCUGAUUUACUAUAAAAUUAUUUAAGGGUACAGGAAGCUGUUUUCUUCUGAAUUUGGAGUAACAUCAUAUUUGAUAGUUUGGGCAGAGAAAAGAUAGUAACCUUUUAGUAUCCAUAUUUAUCUUAGUCACAGCCUGGCUUAUAAUUUGCACAAAGUUUAAAUCUUAACAUUUAUUAUUUGUUUAAAUGUAUUUGUAAUUAAAUAUCCUGAUGUUAAAAUUGUAGUUUUAAAUGUCCAGGACCCUUAACAGAUGCUUAAGGGAAAGAAAGUGUUCUUAAGCCAUUGCAUUCAGUGUGACCUUAAGGCAAGUCACUUUAUUUCCCAACACCUCAGUUUUUUUUCUUCUUUAGUCAAAAGGCAUAGAUUAUAUGCUUUCUAAAGGCCCUGAAAACUCAGAAAUGUAGUGAUUUUAAGAAUUUAUUCUCUAACUUAAACAGCAUGUACCUCAAGUCACACAAUAGCCCUUCUUUUGUCACUUUGUAACUGACCACCCUUGUCUUUGCCUGUCAAGAUCAAAGGUGUCUCUUUUAGGAAGAAAGGACAUAAAAUUCAGCAUUGUUACAUUGGAAACUUCAUUUUUGAAGGCAGAGUCCAAGUCCAGAGUCAGUUACUUCCUUCUCCCUCCCUCUUCUUCCUAUCACAGCUUCUUGUACCCAGAAUCAAUCUUGCACAUUAUGAGGUGGGGCAUGCUAAACAUGGAUAAGCAAAAUUACAAAAAGAGCCAGAGACCUAAUUUUAGCCAAUAGUCUCAGUUCCCUUCCAAGACAUGUUAACAAGCAGCAGAAUUGAGAGAUUUGAGUUUCAGCUCCUUUCCUUACUUCUGCCCACACUCCAGCGGGAAGUGGCUAAUGAACAGUGACCAAUGGGCAAGAAGCUGGAGGACAUUUUCUGUCAAGUUUUGCUGAUAGCCUUCCCCCAACCUUAACUGGAAAGCUCAGUAAGGCCUACUGUGAUAUUCGGAGCUGACUACAACUGUUGGGAAUUAAGAUGAAGAAACAUUGAAAAAAAAAAAAAAGUCAUUGUGCAAGGAAAAUCGACAUCAACAGAACAUACAUUAUGAAUGGCUUUCUGAAAAAUCAGAGAUUGAUUGGGAGGAAAAUUGAGCUCAUUGGUUAUUCCAACAGAAAAGAAAAAGAUCUAACCUACAAGCCUUUCCCAGAUUAACACGAUCAUUCAUAAAAAGAAUACUAGGUAUUGUAUUAACUACAAUAUGUAGAGGAAAAUUUCCAAUGGGAUUUUUUUCCUUUCCAUUUUAAAAACCUUCAAUAUGGUUUUGCCGUUGCAUACCUCCUCUCUUUUUCCUGCUUGGUUCAAGAGAGAAGCAAAUCAGCUAACAGAUUAACUUUCCUCCAGGUGGCAGCGUUGUGGAUACAAAUAAAUUUUUAUUUAAGCCUCAUAGCAAUGGUUUCACCUGGCACUUUAAAAUUCUAAAUAUAUAUAUAAGCAUAUUUUUUUGUUCCUUUAUAAGGGAUUAAAAAGCCCUUUAGAAAUAUUUUGUACUGUGAAUUGUGGAUGCUCUUUGAAGGAAAAAUAGGUUUGAUUCUAGGGGUUCUUUGGAAGCUUGAGUUGGAAGAAAGGGAAGAUGCCCUUCUGGAACAUGAAGUCAGAGUCAAAUUUAUAUUUUUCUUACCUGAGGAAAUAUUUUAUUGAGACCACUUAUGAAGAAUGAGCUUUGCAGGAACCCCAGACAUCAGCUUUAUAACUCUUGUAGCCAAGGUAACUUUUUUUUUUCCUGUUAGUAUCACCUAUGUUUAACUGAAAUUACUUUUGGGGACUCAGGUAGCAAAGUUACAUCCUGGGGAUCACACUUCAUUCUGAACCUAAAUGUGCAAGUUUUUUAGUCUUUAAGAAAGACAUUUGUGUAGUUGAAUUUUUGCUCAUUGGGUGCUUUUGGCUAUUUUCAGCACCAGCUCUUAUAGCAGCCCUGGGGGGAACAGAUAUUUUUGAAAGCAGAACUUUACUUUUAUACAACAAAUAAGAUAUGGAGAAUUAAAUACAUGUUAACAGCUUGUUUUCUAACUUUUUUUUUUAAAAAGGAAUUCACUGUGUUUAGAACUGUCACUGUUGUGUGUUUGUCUAACCAGCCACUUUUUACAAAUUGGAGUCAACUUCAGUGUGAUUAUAAUUACUGAUGAAUAGAUUUGGGUUUUGAAAGCCACACCUUUUUUGUUUGUUUAAAUAAAAAAUCAGGGUAAUUUUAAACUUGAGUGGUUUAUAUGACUUUCCAUUACAGUGAACCUUGUGUUUCACUAAAUUUACUUGAAGUUUUUUAUUUAAUACUGUAACCCUUCAGAGAAUUUCAUACUCUAAUAGGAUAAGCAUCACGUUUUUUUUUUUUUUUUUUCAUGAAUUACAUGAAUUUUUUGUUUUCACUGAAGGCUGUUUUCUGUCAUUGUUCUUAUACCACUUCUUGAGAAGGAAGUUCAGAUUUCAGAUUGUAUCAUUUCCUUCAAAAUGAAGGGCAGAGCAUAGUCAAAAUAAAGAUUUGAAAUUUUUUCAACUCUUUCUUUGCUGUAAUUUAUUUUUUAAAUUGUUAGGUCCUUUUUGAAGGAUUUAUAUGGGUCAAUAAACUUAUUAAAAAGGUAA